AUGUCGGCUGCAUCUGGGAAACCAUUGCCAAGUUCAGUACUACAAGAAUCAAAUAUAUCAAACACGUUCAUACCAUCUAAUGUAAUGGACACACCUUCCAAAUCAACAUCUUCAUCUUCCACGACUAACACCAAACUAAUCACCACCCCACCCGAGACCCUGUUCAUAAAUCGCAAAAAGCAACCAUUUCUAUUUGAAACCCCCCAAAAACCAUCCCAUCUAGAUCCAAAUAUCGUAUUUAUGAAAUCUUCAUAUCUAUCACCAGCAUUCUCAUCUCCACAACAACAACAUCAGCUGCUGUUUAUACUGACCAGCUCACCCAUCAAAAAGACCAAAGGUCUUGCAGCAGCGGCCAACAUUGAAGAUAGUUCCAAAAGAGCAUCAUCACAACUGGUCCCACCACCACCAGCAACUACCAAGAAAUCAAAAUCAAAAGAAACUCCUCCUGCCCCAGUAUUCGACAUUAACUCAAAUCAAAAACCACCAUAUUCAUAUGCCACCCUCAUUGGAAUCUCAAUCCUUUGUCAUCCAGAUAAGAAAUUAACAUUGUCACAAAUAUAUCAUUGGAUAUCAGACACGUUCAAAUUUUAUAAACGAGAAGAUAUGGGUUGGCAAAAUUCAAUCAGACAUAAUCUUUCAUUAAAUAAAGCAUUCAUAAAAGGUGAAAAAUCAAAAGAUGGUAAAGGGCACUUUUGGUGUAUUAAACCCGGAUGUGAGGAACAGUUUUUGAAAAGUAGGAGUUUGAAGAAGAGUUCGUAUCAUGAAGUUAUGGAUCAGAUUAAACAAGCAAGUAAAUUCAAAGCUGACAAAGAGGCCCAAGCUGCCGAGGCUGCGAAAAUUGAAGCUGUGGCUGCAGAGGAAGGAGCUUCCAGGCGGGAAGAUGCGAAAGGUUCAGAUGGUGAAGGAGAUGGGGAAGAGAAUGAUACUCAGAUAGAUGAUGCUCCGGUUGGGAAGUUUUCGUGUAUUUUCUCUCAGGGGAGUACAUUCAGAAAUAUGCCUGCAUCAUCUCCAAACUACACGCGCAAGAGGAAAAUACGCCUCAAGAAAGAUCGUCAUAACAGUAAUAGCAAUCACUCAGACCGAUCCGACUAUGAAUACGAUUACACUGACGAAGAAAUACAAGACGAUGAUGAAGAUGAUGAUGAGAAUGAUAUUACUCGUGUAUUAGAUCCUGCGCUCAAGAAACAACAAAGAAGAAAUACUCCAUUACAAGCACCUUGGAAUUCAACUAAACUGGAUUCAGCAAUCACUCCAAAUGCUUUCAAUGCACCUCAAUUCCUAAUUACUGAUUCACCAAAUAAACCAUUAUUAGCUGGAAAGAACCUCACAUAUACCUCAUCAUUUAGUUGUAAUUCGAAUUUUGAACUAUCUCCAAUACGACCAGCUGCCACGGGACCACUUUUGGAACCAUUGACACCUGCCAACAAUAAUAUUUAUCAACAACAACAGUAUUUGCAUACUCUGCAGCUGCAUCAUCUGCACCUGCAUGUGAGAAAUAGCUUGCAAGGAGGAAUUCAAUCGAAAUCACGAACACCUAAAUCCAGCAAUAAUAUCUUGAAGACCCCAUUAAGAAAUAUCCGUACUCCGCAGACUAAUUCGAUUAUAAGAAAAUUAUGGAAUUCUCCCUCAUAUUUAGAUGAUUUUUAUUAUAGUCCAUUACUCAACAAUAAUCAUCAGAUUAAUUUAUUGAAUACUAGUAAUGCAAGUGUGAAAUCAACUAGUGGGAGUUUGUCUUCUUAUGAUGAUGAUGAUAUGAUCUUGAGGAAUUUACAACAUGAUCAUGUGGGUAUACAAUCGUCGCCUGUGUUGGAUAGGGGAACUAAUAGUACUGGGGAAUCUGAUGGACUGCAACAACUUGAAGAUAGGAAUAAGAAUUUAUAUCAGGAUUUGAAGAAGGUGAAUGAUGAAAAGUGA